AUGACUGAACAUAAUGACCUUCACUCAUCAGGACUGUCCCAGAGUGUACAAGAGAGGAUUAAGAAGGUUGUUGAGCAGAAUUUGAGCCUCUCGAAGCAAUGUAAGAUAGAGUUAGAAACUGUCCUAACAGAAUUGGCAACACUUUUCUUCAAAGACGAAAUCCAACAGACAAGCUUCCUUGAACAUGUUCAGAGACUACUUGGCUACCACAUCAUUCAAAUUUUUAAUGUAGUGGUUGUUCCUUUUAAAAAUUCUUCGGUUGAACCUUCCGCCUUUCUGGAGGAGGUUAAAAAGCUUGUUGAAAUCUGUUUAUCCUUUUGCUACACGAGUAACGUGUCACAGCGACUUUCCUUUGACUACUACAUGAAAGCUUUGAAAUUCUGUUUUCCUACGGAUCUAAAGGCAUACUUGCCAACUGAAAUUCUUAAAAGCCUUCUGACACUUAUUCAGAUUUCUCAGGAUGGGAAGUUUGUGGCAUUAGGAGAGGUCAAGGAAGAGACUAACUUUAAUCUUCAAAUCUAUGGAACCAAUUACUUGUGUGCAAAACUCCUCAAGAUAUUUGAAUCGCGGCGAAAUGAUGAAUCCUUUGUAGAAAUCCUUGACCAAACGAUAAGGUUAGCCUCUGUAGACGCAAAAAUUAAAAACGUUCAACAACAUGUCAUUGGAAAAAUGAUUUUACUUAGUGAACAUGUGGUAUCCCCAGCGUUGUUAUCCAACUGGAUGAAACUGCUAGAGUUUCCGAAUGUGCCUUGUGGCUUUGCACUCUCUUUGGUUAAAGCCGGCGAUCCUCAUUGUACAGAGGGUUUAAGUGGUGCCUUGUCUAAAGCAAUGAGUUUUAGAUAUGGGUCUACAUUUUUACUUUGUCUAAAUGUUUUAGAGGAGAUGCUAAGAAACGGGACUGAGGUAAAUAUCCCACACGAUAAGGAAAGGUUGGACAUUUUCUUUGACUAUUUGAACCACUUUCGCUCCUUUCCUAACAUGACGGCGACAUCACUAAAGUUGCUGGCGGCGAGGAGCGUCAAAAAUGAUGUUCUAAGAGAGGUCUUUCGUAACUUCUUUCGCAUAGCUGGAGGGGAUUUUUCGCAGAAGGCAGCAUCGUUUGAUCUUAUCUUUAAAGUCUUGUCACUAUUUCCAAACGGUGAGCUUGUUAAAAGGGUUCUGAAUUUGUGGAAGGAAACCUUCUCUGGCAUUCCCAGCUAUAAUACUCUCGCCUGUCUAUUGGCAUUAUUUGUGGUAGAGUCGAACAGCGAGUCAGCAGGGAGAAUAUUAGACUUGCUAGAAUGGCUUCCUUGUCCUUUGCUUACUUUGAUAUCCUUUUGGCAAGAGAUCCUCAUCUGGUUCAUUAAACUUUUCCCCUCUACGUUUGAAAGGCGCCCUGAGGUAUUGGUGUUCAUCCACAAAGCAGCACGGCUAGCAGCGCAAGUUCCAGCUAGACAUUUUCACAUCCUCCCCACCCUAAAGUCAUUAGAAUGGCUUUCACAGCAGAAGGGCGCAGAGGAAGUGAAAACAGACAUGAUUUGGCUUCUCAUGUGUUCCAGAGACAAACCAGUGGGCUUUCACAUGGAUUUUGACAUUGCAGUUAUCAAGACAUUAAGCUUGUGCUCUUGUUUGCCAUUCAGAACCAAAAAACGUGUUUGUAAUGAGUUAACGAACUUAGCCUCUUGCGUGACUGAUUCGGAAAGAAAGAGUCUCAUCAAAUUCGUGGAAAAACUCACAUCAAGUCGAUGUCGUGAAUCCAUGGACGAGAUCCUAUUUCAAUUUACCGAUUUCAUCAAGCGUUAUGUCGACGGGCAGAGGGCAAUAAAAAUACCUCCUCACAUCUUGGCACAGUUUUCUUCUCUCGCUCGAAUCUCGCUGUCUGGUGCAAGGAAGAUGAAAGUGAUGCAACUGUUAAAGAAGUCUGGAACAGGCUUCGUCAGUGGGACAUGCAUUUUGAACAUAAUUGAGAACAAGCAAUUUACCCCCAUCGAGAGAACAAAUGAGUACUUUGAUGUCCUCUUUCCUAUUGUUGUAGAAACUCUGGAAGAAAGGCAAGAUUUAUGUGAGCAGUUGAAACGUAGUGUUCUCGGACGUUUUCCAAAUACCGAAGUUCUAAAGGUGUGGACCUUUGUGGCUGCUGCAUUGCUCAUUGGUGGCGUUUACGCAAAUGAGAUUGACUUCCAGUGUUGCCGAUAUGUCCUUCUUGAUGCUUGGGGAUUUGAUUUUCCAUUCGAAAUUUUGAAACUUCUAUCUAUUAUCAGGUCAACAGCUGUCAGACUUGCCCAUCUGCCAAAAGGCAGAGCAGAAGAUCAAAGAAUCUCGCAAGAUAAUUCUGUAGGAGAAUUAGAUCUUCUAGAAAGUUAUUCUGAAAUCGUCAGGACUGUCUUGGCUGCAGAAAUACUCUCACCCUGUGAGAAAACAAUUUUGGUGAAGAAAAUGAGUGAAAUUGCUCUGAGAAACCCAGAAACCUUAUCAGCAACAAACAUAGAAGGUGCGUUAUACAAUUUGCUGCCUUUUCCUGGGUGGCAAAACAAUACUUCGAGCAAUGGAGCCAUACACUUGGAUGUUCGUUGCAUUGUUUCCUUGUUGAAUGAUUCCAAGGUGCUAAAUCAACUGUCUAGAAUUCCAUCUGACGGAAAAAGUGGAUCGCUCUGCUGGGUUCUUUCCACAAAGAUGUUGGAGCCAUCAGAAAUAAAUUUAAAGAGCAUCUUUAUGGUCAUUUGCUCGCAGGAAGAUUUAGAUCAAGCAUUUUUUCAACGGUUAGUGUCUUUUGUUAACUUGGUCUCUCGGAAAUCUAAGUCAUUGGAAGAUGUUUUGAGAUCUCUUGAAGAGUUGGUGGAAGUCCUGCGCAGUAUUCCCUCCAAAAUGAUUCCUCUUACGAUGCUCAACUUUCACCAUCUGCUCGAGAAUCACGUGCCCAAAGAUGAGAGGAAACAAUUUCUAAUUGAAGUUGGGAAGAGAUGGAAACUGACGCUCGACCAUCUUGUUCUUUCUUACCUGGAGGUUCCACGACUCCUUUGGAAAGCGUACAACACUGCCAGUACCCCAGCAAAGAGUUACCAAUUAAUGGAUCGUGUGGAAAUGAUCCUCAGAGAAAACAGUGGCUUGGAGAUAUUGGCAAAGAGCCACCCUCUGCAUUUUAAAACGCAGGUGGAUCACAUGACAAGACGGAUCGCAUGUUGCGAGCUGGAGUGGCUCGUUUUCCAUCCCUCAGUCUCUGAUGAGGAGGCAGCUUUUGCCUUUGAACUAAGCUGCACAGCCUUACAAAAGUUAUCUUGUCCUCUCAGAUGCUUUUCAUUUUCUGAUAUGCGUAUUGAAGAUGGAUUCUUCAAGUUUGUAUCCGGAGAGAAUGAGGAAACAUCAGACUUGCAUGGAAAGGACAUGAGAACAACGCUGAAUGUUGCCGUGCCCACACUAGGAAAUGGUUGUCCAACCACAGAGCAAAAACAUCCCAUUUUCACACCAGUUUUGAUAGCCAUCAAAAUUAUUUUUCACCUGAAACGGUUACUGGGACAAAAAAAAAAUCUGUCAGAAAAAGCUCUUGCCAUUUGGAAGCUUGUUUUUAAUCAACCGAGCUCACAUUGUCGAGACGAGGGAUGUGCAUCUAGUUCAUCUUUUAUCGAUGAUUACGUAGGUGUUAUUCUGUCAAUCCUCGCAGAGGCAUCAUCUAUAGAAAUGGUUCUGCACUGGGCAAGACUGAAUCAGCACCAUGCAAUUCAAUGCGCUGAGGUCAUUUUGAAAGCGUGCAAAUGGACUUGCAGCGGAGAUGAUAUCGACGAGACCGCCCUCUUCGAGUUGCAAAUUGUAGUUAGCACAACUUUGGAAAGCAAAAGAAACAACACGCCUACAACAGCUUCUGUUUCUUUAUUCAGAUUGUUUUCAGCUUCGUGUUUUCGACCUCUUGAGCCACAGUUGAAAGAAUUGAGUAUUAUUCUUGAGAGAAGAUUGCCUUUUGAAGUAACCAGAUGUGUGCUAAGCCUUUACGAAAACAAUGAGCAAGCUGCAGUUUCAAUAGGGAAAAUCGUCUCUAUGUGGUCAUGCAAGCAGCAGUCGAUUGAACUUGUGGAAAGCAUUAAAUCACUUUGUCAAGGAGAAGAAAUAUCUACCUUAAGCCCUGCGCAAUGUGACUUUGUUUGGCAGCUAUUGACAUCAUAUGGUCACGUUUGCAUGAAUUCCUGUGAGGAUCUUGUAAUUAGGCUCAAGGAGUUGAUUCUGCUAUACGACCCGGAAGAUUGCUACGGCUUUAACCGCUUACCCAAAUGGAGACAGGCUAUGAUAUCUGACGGCUUCCCAGCGCGGGUGAUAAACGAUUGGUGUAUAGCAUUCUUGAUGACGCCGUUGGAAGAUUUGACAUCACGCGAUGUCGAUGCGAUUGUUGACCUCAGUUCUCGCUCCUUGCAGCUCGUUGCAUCUGCGUCACAAGUCAUUGCCCAAAUCAUCUUUCCACAAGAAGGCUUUGAAGUAAAAAACGGAGAGGGUAUCAAACAAGGGAAGAUCAAAGAAUGCGUUCGAUUGGCUCGAUUGCUUGGCGAGUUCAUAAACAUACUGAGAGGUCGAAAGCCCGAAGAAAACUCUAAAGAUGCUGUCGUCAGAGAUAUAGUUUUGGACGCCUGUAGGGAGCUUUGCAGGAGCCACGAGGAUAGAGGUACAAAAAGAAACGAUCUCUACAAAAUUCAUGGCCUGAAGCUGAAGUCCCUCUUUACAGAAAUCUUUGGAAAGCGACGCAGCGGGGAAGAUGGAAAAGAAAUUAUUCAAGAUAGUGCCUUGACGCCCCAAAGAGGCGAAGGAGAACUCAAAGUGGUAAAAUGUGUUUCGAGGCAGGCAUCGUACCUCCAUGAAAACCUUCCUUUCGUCCUAAGUCAUAAAGACAUUUAUGAACCAACGUUAGUUUUGUUGCGGCGAUGGCUGUCUGGUAUCAUCACUAAACCAGUCCUUGCCUUUCACACUCUGGAAAUUGUAGAGACACUGUUCUCAGACCCCCCUUCAGACAGCAAUUCUUUUUUUCUGGAGCACGUACACAGUAAAAUUCAAGAACGCAUUUUAUCCCUUCCAAAUAAUCAGUCUCUCAUGGCUCAGUUUCAAGCUGCUGGAUACAACCAAGAGAGGAAAGCUGAGCUAGAUCUAUGGUCCUCACCUGCAGUUGAACUGCCUUGUUACCUCAGUAGGCGUGAGUCACCGAGUGAAAGAUUACAUACCAAGAAAUUAACAGAAGUUCUUAGACGUCUUUGGUAUGAAUGGAAGGACAUCCUCUCUAUGUAUCUUGUUCCUGCCGUUGAGGUGAACGGGAAAGAAGUUUGUACGAAAGAUCUUUUUGGUUUCCAAGAUUCUUUGAAAGAGAUGGAGGAACAGGCUGCUGCUGUAAAGGAAAAAGUUAAACAAAUUAAUUCUCAACAAUUUCAAUUAGAUGACUUAGACAGGCGAGUAGAGAGACUGAUGCGCUUGGAACUACAACACCGCAAGCGGAUUGGAAAACGUUUCAAGAGUUCCAGCAAUAGGACUCCCGAAGUAUCGGAAGAAAGGAGGUUUGUUGCAGUAUGGCAAAAUCGAUUCUUGGAACAAGUGAAGCUUUGUUCGGAGAAAAUUCCAGGUUGUUACGCUCCCAACGGCUUCCACUCCGAGAAACCUGUCAUUUGUGCUCUGUCGGUAGACAACAGGAUCUUGACUGUGUAUAAGGAGGAAAAGGGUCGCAGAGAGGAAAUCGAGAAUGUCGAGGUGAAACUCUUUGAAGCUGGUUUGUACGUGUACGGAUUGCAUACAAAUGGACAUGAUUACGUCACCGACGAACUUUGGGCUGCGUUUUACAAGAUGUUGCUAGAGAAGAGGCUGGUACCAAGAAUUGUAUUGUCCAACGAAAGCCCAGGGUUCGACUGGAUUAAGAUGAAUAAAUAUGUGGAACCAUGUAAGUAA